AUGAGGUUCACUCAAACUGCAGCACUGGCUCUGCCAGCCAUAGCUGCCGCCUACCCCGGCAUGAUGGGUGCCACAUCCCGAGCAGAGAUGGAGCAACAUAUCCGAGCGCAAAUGGAGAGCGAAGAUCUUGCUAAACGAGCUGCCGAACCCCAACUUCUGAAACCCGUCGGUAAUCUCCUUGGCUCGCUUGGUGACCUUGUUGACGGUCUCUUGACUUCAGUCGGCCAGGCUGUCGUCAAAAAGAGCAACAAGCGUCCUGAACUCGGCUUCGAAUUUAAGGCACCUGGACCAAAUGACUCUCGUGGCCCUUGCCCGGGUCUCAAUCUUCUUGCCAAUCACGGAUACUUGCCGCGCGAUGGAUACGUCAAUUUCGGACAGGUGCUGGAAGCUACGGCGCGCGGCUUCAACAUGGGUGUGGAUCUUGCUACAGUCCUUGCCACAUUUACUGUCUUGGGCAGUGGAGACCUCGAUGGACUGUCAUUCUAUCUCGGCUCAGGGAAAAACGGCAUUGGUGGCUUGAACCGCCAUUCGGUUGUUGAAGCCGAUGUGUCGCCCAACCACUACUAUAACGGCUGUGGCGACAACCACCACGUCUCCUCUCGCCUCAUCAAGCAAAUGGUUGGCUUCGCCGCCAAAGAUUCUAAGAAAGAGUUUAGCAUGAACGUCAUGGCAGAGCACUAUGCGCAGUCUGCCAGCUUCAGCAAGAACAACAACCCCUUUCUUUACUACUUUCCCUUCCCCCAAAUCGUAUCCCUCGGCGCCUUUGCCUUCUACCCUCAGUUCUUCUCGAACGGCACAUACGGUGCAGGCGGCGUCCCAAACUAUAAGAGCAUCAUGAGCAUUAUUGGUGCCGAGUACGAUGCACGCACAAAGGAAUUCAAAUACGUUCCCGAGCGCUGGCCGGAAAACUGGUAUCGUCGCGAUACUCCGUACGGUGCGGUCCAGACCAUUGCUGAUGGCUUUCUGGUUAUCUACCCGCGCAACAUCAUUGUGCCUGGAGCAGCGCAGGUCGGCACGCCCAACCUUAGUAUUCAAACACUCCUCUGCGAUGUGUACCAGGGUCUCAACUCCAUUACUCCACUUGCGCUUGGCGGCACAGAGGAGAACGUCGCAAAAGGUGUUUCUUGGGCUCUUUCGGUCUUGGAUCCUCUGCUUAGCAAGACGGCACUUGGAUGUCCUGACAGUGUUGUCUCGCCCAACUUUUUGUUUCCGGGUUCACAGAAGGAAGGGGGUCCCGCGAACCCGCCAAGGGUGCCGUCGGAUCGUUGGACAGGGAACAAUGUUUAUGGAAAAGUAUAUUUCGGCGGCAACAAGGCGCCCGUAGAGCCCACGUGUAGCCAUUAG